GCUGUCAUAGCGCUGUGAGCUGUUUAAAGCUUCUUUCUAAACUCUCAGAAAUAACAGAAUCUGUCACUGAAAUAGAGAGACAGAGAAGCAACCUCUCACUUGACUGAUGAGAUUUUGAGCUCUGGCCAAGCCUCUGGGUGUGAAUUCCGGAACAAUGUGGACCUUGGCACUGUGGGUGUUCCCUCUACUUUGCAAAUUCAGCCUGGCAGUUCUGCCAGCUAAGCCCGAGAACAUUUCCUGCAUUUUCUACUUUGACAAAAAUAUGAAUUGUACUUGGAGUCCAGAGGAAGAAAUUGGUGGCACCAAUUAUACUGUGAGGCUGACUUACUCCUUUGGGAAAAUGAGUUUCAUCAAGCAGGUCACAAAUGCUUCGUGUUCUUUUUCCCGUUCGUAUAUAAUACACCCAGAUAUCUGCACUGUUGAAGUAGAAGCUCAGAACAGAGACGGGAGCACGAAAUCUGACAUCACAAGCUGGAACCUCGGCCACAUCGUGAAAACUGAACCACCUAUAAUUUUAAGUGUGAAUCCAAUUUCGCAUCAGAUGUUCCAGAUAUGGUGGAAACCCCGUGAGAAGAUUCCUAUCGAUCCUCUAAGGUGCACCCUUCGGUUCAGGGCUGUGAACAGUACCCACUGGAAAGAGGUCAGUUUCGAGGAUCAUAACAAGGUCUACAACCUCACGGGGCUUCAGGUUUUCACGGAAUAUGUCAUAGCUCUACGAUUCAAGACCAAUGAGUCAAGAUUUUGGAGCAACUGGAGCCAAGAAAAAAAUGGAGUGACUAUGGAGGAAGUUCCGCACAUCCUGGACCUGUGGAGAAUUGUGGGCCCGGCCGGUGUGGAUGGAACGAGGAAGGUGGUGCUGCUGUGGAAGAAGGCAAAAGGAGCCCCCAUCCUGGAGAGAACACUUGGCUACAACAUACAGUACUUUGCAGAAAACAGCACCAACCUCACAGAGAUAAACAAUGUUACCAACCAGCAGUAUGAACUGCUUCUGACGGGCCAGACACACUACGUGUCUGUGACUUCUUUUAAUUUUCUUGGUCAGUCUCAAGAGGCCGUCCUGAGGAUCCCAGCAGCUCAUGAGGAGACCAUCCAGUGCAUCAGAGAUAUGCAGGCCCGCCUUGCUGAGCCUCUGCUGGUGGUGGAGUGGGAGAGCUCCAUUCCCGAGGUGGACUCUUGGAUGGUGGAGUGGCUCCCAGAAAUGGCAGAGUCGGAGUUCUCUGCCCUUUCGUGGGAGUCCGUGUUUCACGUCACAAACUGGACCAUCGAGCAAGAUAAAUUAAAGCCUUUCUUGUGCUAUAAUAUAUCAGUGUAUCCAGUGCUGGGACAAGAAGUGGGCCAGCCAUACACCAUCCAAGCUUAUGCCAAAGAAGGAGCUCCAUGCGAAGGUCCUAGGACCAGGGUGGAGAACAUCGGUCUGAAGACAGCCACAGUCGUGUGGGAAGAGAUUCCCAAGAAUAGAAGAAUGGGAUUUAUCAAUAACUACACCAUAUUUUGCCAAGCUGAAGGUGAAAAAGAAUUCUCCAAGACAGUUAACUCACAAGUCCUGCAGUAUGACCUGGAGUCUUUGACACGAAGGACCUCUUAUACCGUAUGGGUUAUGGCCAACACUGGAGCUGGGGGGACCAAUGGGAAAACAAUAAACUUCAGGACCUCGUCAAUCAGUGUCUUUGAAAUUAUCCUCCUGACAUCUCUGGUUGGAGGAGGCCUUCUCCUCCUUAGCAUCUUCACGGUGACGUCUGGUCUCAAAAAGCCAAACUGGUUGACUCGUCUGUGUUGUCCUGAUGUUCCCAACCCUGCUGAAAGUAGUUUAGCCACAUGGAUCGGAGAUGAUUUCAAGAGGAAGUCCAGUCCUAAGGAGUCUGACAACCCUGGGAGCACAGAAGACAGGAUCCUAAAACCAUGCUCUAUCCCCGCUGACCUCAUUGACAAGUUGGUGGUAAACUUUGAAAACUUUCUGGAAGUCCUUUCUGCAGAGGAAGCUAGGAAAGGUCAGGAGAGCAUUCUGGGAGGAGAGGCGAAUGAAUAUGUGACCUCUCCGUCGAGGCCUGACUGUCCCCCGGGGGGAAGCUUUAAGAGGCCCCCUGCAACCGAGGUUAUUCCUGGAGACACCCAUAACCAGUGUUUGGGAACGACAGAAGAGACAUACACAGAAUUCAAUGAGCAACUUCUGUCUUCCGGUCAGAGUCCAGGACCAGAGCCUCUCAGUGAGGAGCGACCUCCGAAUCCGUAUCUGAAAAAUUCAGUGACCACCAGAGAGUUUCUUGUGCAUGGAAAUAUCCCAGAGCACAUCAAGAGAGAAAUCUAAGCGCCGCUGUGGAGUGAGCCCUCGCAGACUGCGUGGGUCCCUUCCCUAGCAAAGACACCAAGACUUCCAGA